AUGUCGACGGAACAACUGACCAGAACGACAGCCUCGAAAGGUUCACUAGCCUACGAGAAUAUCCGCUACGGAAUCGAGAGAUGGAACAACGAUAACCUCGCGCACACCGAGAUCACCUUGCACAUUGUCGCCACUGAACUCUACCAUGCCGGUUUUGAAGAACGAAUGUGCGACGUCAUGCAACACAACGUCGUCGCCGUCCUCAUUCCAUCGUCCGAAGGUCUUCUUGACGAUCCUCUGAUCAAAUCGAUGUGCCAUCACUUUCAGAUCCCCUGCCUCUCAUUAAAAAUGGGCAAUCCAGUGGAAUUCGUGUCAGAUUUCGUGACGAGUGUCGGUCCACGACGAGGUUUAGGAGCCCAGGCCACCAGCGAGUUUCUCGAAAACCUUCGAUGGACUUCAUUUUUGCUCGCGUAUCAGCAGGAUACA